GAAUAUUGUAUUGAAUGCAUAUUGAUGUUAAUAAGUAGUAGUUUUAAAUAAGUCGUUUGAAUAAAUUUAAUGUGUUUUUAACUUCAAAAAGUAGGCAUGUUUCAUAUUUUAAAAAGGCAUUUAGCUUUAAUCAAUGUUCAUGAUCACCAGUUCCCUCAAGAGUGUGACAACUUGUCCCGUUAUAUUUUAAUUAUUUUGCGCAGUCUACAUUUGUGUCAAAAUACUGUUUUUGUGUGUGUGUAUCUGUCCUGUGCAGAUGUUUGAUGUGUGAUUUUGCGUUUUGGUGUUAUAAGACAGCGCUGGAUCUCUCCCUCCCUCUUUUUCUCUCGUGUCCUGCGCUCACACUCGCACUCACGCAGAGCGUCUCAUUUCUCCAGAUCUUCAUGACAUCCCGCUUUAUCCAGCUCAUCUCGUCUUUUGCGCGCAGAGGAAAGACUUUAAAAGCGAGGGAAGGAUAUCGGGGUGUGUUCGAGGAUCUCGGGCGGCUUUUCUCGUCCAUCGGUGGAGUUUUUCUUUUGCGCGUCUGCAUGUGGAGAGACGCUGAUGGUGACGCGCUUUUGGAGAGCUGAUGCUGAUGCUGAAGCGGGGCUGUGAGUGAGCCAACAUCAGCAGAAAAGAAGUUAAGUGAGAGAAGAAUACAAGAGGGGGAAAAAAAGAGAAGCUUUUGGGGACCGUGCCAGAAGUUCGUUAACAAAACCAAUCGGACUUUUUUUUCUCAUCUGUAGAGGUACCUCACCAGCCUUCAAAAUUUCGCCCAAAAGCAGACAGGAGGAUCGGCCGGUGCUGACGAGACUCGUCGGCAGGAAGCGGCUGAUCGCGGCUGGGGUGCUCGGUGUGGUCAUGGUCCUGGUGCUGGUAAUCCUGAUCCCGGUUUUGGUGAGCUCCGCCGGGACAUCCGCCGCGCACUACGAGAUGCUCGGCACUUGCAGGAUGGUUUGCGAUCCUUACGGAACCAAAUCUCCGACCAGCACGGUCUCAGCAGACCCGGCCCGGGACAGCAGCCUUAUGCAGUCUUUACCAACUUUUAUACAAGGUCCGAAAGGUGAACCGGGACGCCCGGGGAAAGUGGGGCCGAGGGGCCCUCCCGGUGAACCCGGACACCCCGGACCCCCCGGACCUCCCGGAGAGAAGGGGGAACCGGGACGACCUGGAUUACCCGGGCAGCCGGGACCAAACAUGGCAACCGGCGCCAUCAGCGCGGCCACCUACAGCACCGUGCCCAAAAUCGCCUUUUACGCAGGGCUCAAAAAGCAGCACGAGGGCUACGAGCUGCUGAAGUUUGACGACGUGGUCACGAAUCUCGGGAAUCAUUACGACCCAACCACGGGCAAAUUUACCUGCUCCAUACCGGGAAUAUACUUCUUUACGUACCAUGUGCUCAUGAGAGGAGGAGACGGAACUAGCAUGUGGGCUGAUCUGUGCAAGAACAAUCAGGUCCGUGCCAGCGCCAUCGCCCAGGACGCGGAUCAAAACUACGACUACGCCAGCAACAGCGUUGUUCUUCAUCUUGAGCCCGGAGACGAAGUCUACAUCAAACUAGACGGGGGUAAAGCCCACGGGGGCAACAACAACAAGUACAGCACCUUCUCUGGUUUUAUUAUAUACGCCGAUUAGGACAUACGCACCUGCUCCAGACGGUCUAUCUCGUCCCCUUCUGCUGUUCCUCUUCCUUUCUUUCUUUUUUUUUUUUUUUUUUUUUUGCAUAAUUUUCCUUUGGGCCCAGGGCAAGCAGACAGACCUGCUCGAACACCCCUCAUCAUUAGUCUGUAGAUGUGGGUUUGAAGGCAGAACUCUUUGCCCUGCAAUCCAAAAAAAUCAAGAAACGACCAAAAAGAAAAAAAAAAAGGCCCGGAGAAAGAAGCGCUUCGUCACUGAGGAAAGACGGACCGAGGAAACGAAGCUGCCGAGGAGUUUACUGUGUGUCUUUCUAUGUCUGUGGCCAUCAAAGAAGCCUGUGAGAUGUUUUCUAAUAUGUAACCUGACAUAAUCGGCUAUAUGUGCAAUAACGUAAACUGCGAUAUUUGUCAUUCGAAAACCAUCUCGGUCAGUCAAGAUGCCUGAAUGAGUUGCACAUCAUGAUCCAUUAGCCCAAAUUUCAUCAUCAUCAUCAUCAUCAUCAUCAUCCGUUAGAUAUCCAGUGUAACCUGACCAAAAUGUUCCUAUUGCAUAAUAUAUAUCUGCUAAAUCGCCGCAGAUAUUUAUUCCCUGAUUGUUUGUGAGUGCUAAUUAUGAAUUAGGGACAUAAAACAAAACAAUAUACCUUUGGUGGUAAUGGCUUGCCGUGAAAUUAUAUCCCAGAAUUGCUAAAGCUUUCAGCAUUUUACUUUUAGUCUGCCGUGUCAAAAGCUUUUUUUUUUUCGGUGCGUGAUGUCAGCCGGCAUCUUUUAUUGCACACAGACGUAUUAGACCGAGAAGGAAUAUGUUUCUUGUGAUAUUUAGAGCACUAUGCAGAGUAUGGGUGUUAAUAUGUAAAUGUGUAUCUAUCUUCAGAGAUUUCCAGAAUGUGAUUAAUAAUAUUGAAUCUUAUUUUUAGUGUAAAUAUGAUACUGGAUUUCUUUUUUUUUGUUUUGUUGUCGUUUUAAUAUGAAAGAGCAUCAGGUGAGCGUUACGUAUCUGUGUCACUCUCAUCUCCAGGUUGGGAUGGCAGGGAAUGUGUGUGAUGAAUUAUUAUCCGAGGAUUAUUUUUCUGUUCCUGUCCUGCUGCUGUAAUUCUCAUUCACAUCUACGACCCUUCAAACACAUUUUCCAUUAAAUGGAAAUUUGAUCAGA